AUGCAACGAAGUAAGCACAAAUUAAAUUUAUUUACUUUUGGUAUGUUGGCAUGCUGGCUUUUGAAUGUGAAGACGAUUACAGAAAAUUUGUUUACCGAUGAUGAGAUGUAUCCAGAAGCUAACUUACCUGACUUCUCAUUUUGCGAAGAAAAUGCUACCAGCCUUCAUGAUUCUCAUUUCUCAUCAAAAAAUUCAAGACAAGCUACAAGUGGUUUGAGUCAGGCUGUGCGCCCGUCUAACUUGACAAGUAAACCAUUAACUGGUGUUUACAACUUGGAAUGGAUUGAAAAAGGCUCAGGUUCAGUAGAUACAGUUAUUUGUAGAACAUCAAGGCCUAUGACAACUUAUUACAAUAGAAAUCAAGGAAAACGAACAUCUUCCUUACAAUUAGGUUACUCAAACAGUGAUCCUGUUCAAUGGAUUCGUUUAAAUCUAGCAAAAUAUGCUAAAAAUUCAGAAAUUACUUGUUCACUAUUUGAUUACUUAUUCUAUAUUACAAAAGAAUAUCGUGAAGCACUCCAUCUAGUCAAAUUGGUUAUCAAUCUUAAUGACAAGAACAACAUUCAAAAACGAGAAGUGUUAUCCAAUAAUCCCUUUUCACACAGUGACAGUGUUCAAACGAAUUGGUGGUGGUUGUUACAACAAGCACGUUGUUUGUAUUGUUUAGGUCUUACACGAGAAGCUGAAUGUUCUAUAAAAAUGUCAUUGGAACAGAAUCCAUCCGUAGAAUCUUAUACUCUUUUUGCCCUUAUUGCAAUGCGUUUUAAUCAGCCCAUUCGUGCACUCAAUAUAUACGAUGAAGGAUUGUUGAAGUUCCCUGAAGACAUUGAUCUUUUAACCGGUAAAGCUCGAAUUUAUCAGAAGUUAAACAAGGGCUUACAAUCGGUUGCCCUUUACAAAACAAUAUCUCAAAUAGACGCUAUGAAUGUUGAAAGUUUGGCAUCUAUUGCGAUGUACUAUUUCUACGAAGACCAACCAGAAGUCUCACUAAAAUAUUACAAACGUAUAUUACAUUAUGGAUAUGAAUCAUCAGAAUUAUAUAAUAACCUGGGAUUAUGUACCUUUUUUACUCAUCAAUAUGAUCUGUGCUUUUCAAUGUUCAAUCAAGCUGUUGCAUUAAGUGAUGCGACUAAUACAUCAGAUGUUUAUUACAAUUUAAGUCAUGUUGCAAUUAAUAUUGGUGAUUUACAGAUGGCGAAUCAGUGUUUGCAUAUUGCUAUUGUAAACGAUAAUCAUCAUUCAGAAGCCUAUAAUAAUUUAGGAGUACUGGAGCAUAAACUUGGAAAUAUAAAUAUGGCUAAAGAGCUAUACCGAACUUCAUGUCAAUUGACGCCUGAUUUGUUUGAACCGCAUCAUAAUCUGACUUUUCUAACAGAAGCCCUUGGUGAAAUGCACACAACUUUUGAGUUGGCAAAAACGUCGCUGCGCUUAUUUCCGAACCACAGUGAUUUGCAAAACCUUCUAUUUCGAUUGAAGGAACAUUUCAGUUUGGCAUGA